AUGUCAUCCUUCUCACAUCUCGUCCGUUUCGAAAGCGAAGAAGAUGGAAAUGUUUACUUUGCUGAUCUGGGUCCUGAUGCCGAUGGACCGCCAUCGCCUGGCGCGAAGCUGAGCGGCGCCAAAACCAUACAAGGUCUUGCACGAAAGUCUGAAGACGACAUUAUUACUGUGCGCCGUCUCCUACCACCACUUCCUCGAGACGGACACCCGAUCUACUGCGUCGGCCUCAACUACCGUAGUCAUGCAAAGGAGGCCACUCUUGACAUCCCAGCAUGCCCGCCCCUGUGGACUAAGCCAGCCGCAUCGCUUGCAAGCCCAGGAGAGGAGAUCCCCGUCAACGAUUUCUGUGCCAAAAGUCUCCUAGACUACGAGGGCGAGCUCGUCUUCGUCACAUCAAAGGACGCCAAAAACGUGCCCUUGUCCGAGGCCAAGGACUACAUUUUGGGAUACACCAUCGGCAACGACCUCUCUUGCCGCAUGUAUCAACUCCCCCGCUAUUCGGCCGGGCAGUUCUUCUUCGCCAAGGCUUUCGACAAAUUCGCGCCCAUCGGCCCGACGCUCAUCAGCCCAGCCGUCUUCGGGGACGGCUCCACCUUUGAAGUGGUGACGAAAGUCAACGGCGACGUGCGGCAGAAGGCCAAAUUCGCAAAGGACAUGAUCUUCAGCCCGGAGAAGAUUCUCAGCCACAUGAGCCAAGGAACCACGAUCCCGGCGGGCACAGCGGUCAUGACGGGCACUCCGGCGGGCGUUGGAGCGUUUCGUCAGCCCAAGAGCUUUCUGCAGGACGGCGAUGUAGUCGAGGUGGAGAUGAAGAAGGUCGGCGUUUUGAGGAACAGGAUCAAGUUUGAGUGA